AUGGAAUAUUCGUCGUUGCCGCUCCUCGUCGAGCCCAACCAAUAUCCUGAGCUCAUCACCCAUGAGAUCAUUCUGGUUCACGGGUUCCAUGGCCAAGCAGGUAAAGAGAACCGUACCGCUAAGUGCCGACGAGUUCUAGAGACCUGGGUCAUAUGCUCGACGGCCGCGAUCCGUGAGGUUGCCAAUAUUCGCAGCUUCGCGUUUGACAGCUCUGAAAUCCUGCAGCAUGGACGACCCGCUCUUUCAGAAGUAACCUUUGAGUUCCAAAAGAGCCUUCAAGAGACUUGCAAGGACCCAAACUCUCCAUUGUUCUGCCCCGAAGCAAUUCAGAAUGGUGAAGAAAUCCCAGUCCGUCCCCGCGUCGUUAUAUUCAUUGCCCAUGGCGUUGGUUCGUGGGUAGUUAAGGACUUGUUGAUCCUCAUGAAAGAUGAGGAUAAUCAACUCGACCCCGCUGGCAUAUUGUUCAUUGAUUCGCCUGAGUCAUAUUCCGUCACCCAACCCGUCGGCGUGGUUGCGAAUACUGUUGUGACACAGUACCUUACCAAGCUCAUUGAUACAUUCAAGCUCAAGGCCCUAGGACAACAAGACCUUCUUGAGGACUUUCAGACGAUAGAUAUAAGGUUUCGAGCUUUAGCUAUUGCGAGGUUCGUAACCAAGGAUAUCUCUAACCUGGGCCCAUACAAUGAUGCAUAUUACAUGAAGAUAUGGAGCCACAGCAUUUGGCUAUCUGAUAGACCAUUGAUCAAGUCUCCAUCAACCAGCAGCAAACUCCGACGAGCCCUCUCCUUGCAUUUCCUUAGUGAUCAAUCCAACAUGGAUGCCAAGCUGGAGAAGCUCACCCAAUUGAACCUCCGGGACAAGCUCAUGGAGGCGAUUCAGACCUCGAAGCGCCGCAAUCCCUAUGUUCCGGAGUGGCAAGCGGCCCGCGCCUCUGGCAGCAAGGAGCCCGCCUACGGGCUUUGGGGUUACGAGACUGAGGAGGGCACCGCACUUUCUCCGGACAUGGAGGAACCCCAUCACGGCUAUUCGUACAAUGGCGAGUCCAGCCAGAGCGCCGACCGGAAAGGAAAAGGCAAAGAGACGAGGCCGCUGCGCCGAGCAUCAUCCUGCAGAUUCCUCACCGACCCGCUGCCGCGCAUCAUCGAGGUCCCCGACGCCGAGGAGCACCAGUCAGACUUCGGCAGCACGAAGCGGUUUAUCUCGGACCACGCCGACGCCGACACGGACGAGAAGAAGCCCCUCUCGGACGAGGAAGUGCUCGACUUCGACUCGGCGAUCCGGCAGCGCAACGCGGCCGCGCUGAGCAACGACUCGGGCGAGCUGAGCGCCGCGCAGCAGCGGCUGGAGCUGAUCCUGUGGAACCAGAAGGAGACGCUGGGGAUGAGCGACGCGCGCACGCUGGUGACGCAGCGCGAGCUGGUGACGACGAGCGUCGCCAACGGCCUCUGGAACGGUAAGACCCUCGACACGUGGACCGAGCAGGAGCUCGUCGCCGUCGGCAACGGCAUGCGCCAGGCGUACGACGGGCUCGAGAAGACCCUGGGACCUGCCAACCCCGACACCGUUGAGGCGUUGGCUCUGCUGCUGGGCCUGCGCGUCUCGCUGCUGGACAAGGACUCGAUCCCGCUGGUUGCGAUGACGGCGCUUCUGGACACGCUUCAGGAGAGGUGCGGGGGGGAGGAGGAGAAGCCGACGACGCUGCAGGGGUGCAUCAAGACUAUUCAGGCUACGUACAAGGAACUCUGGGGCAAGCUCUCGAACCUGAAGUAA